CACAGUCAUGGACAAUUUAGUGUCUCCAAUUUACCUCACUUGCAUGUUUUUGGACUGUGGGAGUAAACCCACGCAGACACGGGGAGAACAUGCAAACUCCACACAGAAAGGACCCAGACCGCCCCACCUGGGGAUCGAACCUAGGACCUUCUUGCUGUGAGGCGACAGUGCUACCCACCGAGCCACCGUGCCGCCCCACCUGCAGAGUAAACAAAGAGAUUUAUUAGAUCUUUAAUAAUGCAGUCAGCAGAAGAGGGACACGUCACCCCGGAGGAUCUACAACAUGAAGGAUUCCAGAUUAAAAUAAUAAAAAAGGAAGAAGAUGAAGAUGAGGACGAUGAUUUCUUCUGUGAAGGAUCUUUAAUCCCUGUGGAACAAGACAUGGAACUCUUCUCCUCAGUGGACCAACAGUGUGGAGGUUUCCAGAUGAAGCCUGUGAAGAAGGAAGAACCUGAAGAUACAGAUGAACUCAAACUGAACAAGGAUUUCUCCUGCUCCUCGUGUCCACGUUCCUCUACAACCCAAAAUCACCUCCACAAUCACAUCAAGAGCUGCAACCAUGAUAAAUAUGAGACUCUGGUGAAGAUUAAGACUGAACAUGAGGAUCUGACGCCCACCAGAAGCUCCAGUAAUCAGCAAACGUCCUCUGGUACUGUCAGCAUUAACACCUCUCUCAGUCCCACACAGGAAAAAGGAAACGUCUGCUCACAGUGUGGGAAGAGCUUCAGGUACCAGAGUGAUCUCAAAAAGCACCAGCGCAUUCACACUGGAGAGAAACCAUAUCAGUGCUCACAGUGUGGGAAGAGUUUUAAUAGACAGAAUUAUUUCAAACAACACCAGCGCAUUCACAGUGAAGAGAAACCGUAUCAUUGCUCACAGUGUGGGAAGAGUUUUAAUCGUCGGAGUCUUCUCAAAAUACACCAGCGCAUUCACACUGGAGAGAAACCGUAUCAGUGCGCACAGUGUGGGAAGAGUUUCACUUCACAGAAUGUUCUUAAACAACACCAGCGCAUUCAUACUAGAGAGAAACUGUAUCAGUGCUCACAGUGUGAAAAGAGUUUUAGUAAACAGGGUAAUCUUAAAAUACACCAGCGCAUUCACACUGGAGAGAAACCGUAUCAGUGCUCACAAUGUGGGAAGAGUUUUAAUCAACAGAGUAAUCUCAAAGAACAUCAGCACAUUCACACUGGAGAGAAACUGUAUCCGUGCUCACAGUGUGAAAAGAGUUUUAGUACACAGAGUUAUCUGAAAAUACACCAGCGCAUUCACACUGGAGAGAAACCAUAUCUGUGCUCACAGUGUGGGAAGAGUUUUAAUAGACAGAGUCAUUUCAGAAUACAUCAGCGCAUUCACACUGGAGAGAAACCAUAUCAGUGCUCACAGUGUGGGAAGAGUUUUAAUACAGAGAGUUAUCUCAAAACCCACCAGCGCAUUCACACUGGAGAGAAACCGUAUCAGUGCCCACAGUGUGGGAAGAGUUUUAAUCAACAGAGGCAUCUUAAAAGACACCAGCGUAUUCACACUGGAGAGAAACUGUAUCAGUGCUCACAGUGUGGAAAGAGUUUUAAUCAACAGAGUAAUCUCAAAACACACCAGCGCAUUCACACUGGUGUGACACAUUCAAUUGAACCAAGGGUUUGAUUUUUAAUACCACAUUACCAAACUAAUCACCAAGUGUUCCUGUUAAUGUAGCAGCAGCUGUAAUGUUUAGCAUGUUCACCUGUUUCUUUUUAUUUUAAUAAAUGAACCCACAGUCUCUGCA